GCGGCGGUUUGUGGGCGGGGAGGAGGGUCGGAGUCGGACCCGUUCCCGUUGUGAGGAUGAAGCAGACGGUGGCGGUGCCGGCCUUCCUCACCAAGCUGUGGGCCCUGGUCGAGGAUCCUGACACCAACGAGUUCAUCUGCUGGAACCAGAAUGGCCACGGCUUCCUGGUCCUGGACGAGCAGCGGUUCUCCAAGGAAAUCCUGCCCAUGUACUUCAAGCACAAUAAUAUGGCCAGUUUCGUCCGGCAGCUCAAUAUGUAUGGCUUUCGUAAAGUGCUGCAUGUCGAUGGAGGUAUAGUUAAACAGGAACGUGAUGGACCUGUAGAGUUUCAACAUCCAUUUUUCAAGCAAGGGCAAGAUGACUUAUUGGAAAACAUAAAACGAAAGGUAUCCUCAAUUAAACCGGAUGAAGCUAAAAUUCAACAGGAGGGCUUGAAUGCUAUUUUAUCCAGUGUUCAAGAAAUACAAGCAAAACAAGAAAGCCUUGACUCAAGAUUAACUUCCUUGAAAUGGGAAAAUGAAACUCUGUGGAGAGAGAUUGGUGAUCUUAGGCAGAAACAUGCCCAGCAACAGCAAGUAAUCAGACAGAUUAUUAAAUUUAUCGUUAGUUUGGUGCAGAAUAACCAAAUUGUAACUUUGAAGCGGAAGAGGCCAAUAAUGAUUAAUACCUCUGGACCAUCUAAGCCAAAAUACUUUCAUCACAUAGUCAAAGAACCUGAUGAUGCGACUCAUGUACCUGUGCAUGGACCAAAUGGUGUGAAGCAGUGUGUUAGAAACUUAGAUGAUAUUGUCAUUUGUGACAUCACAGACAGGCCAACAGAAGAAUCUGAAAAGGAUGAAGCAUCUGUAUUUGCUACUAAUGAAGUUACAGAACAGGAUAAUUCUUCACAUAAAGUAGUAAAUACUGAAAAUCAGGAAUCACUUCCAUCAUCUGAGAUAAUGGAUGUAUGCAGUACAGACCAAGUUAUGAACACUAUGAUAAACGACAACGUUGAAAUAACAAAUACCGAAUCAUCAAUAAGUUCUGAAGAUCCCAUAUCUAUGAUGGACUCCAUUUUGAAAGACAAUGCAGUUAUUUCACAGAAUAUAAAUCUUCUUGGCAAGGUAGAACUUAUGGAUUAUUUGGACAGUAUUGACUGUAGUUUAGAAGAUUUUCAGGCUACGUUAUCAGGAAAACAAUUUAAUGUGGAUCCAGAUAUUCUGUCAGAUGUGUCAGGAACUAAAGAAAGCCUUAAUGGAACAGAUUCCAAAGUGGAUGAAAGCAAGUCUUCUAAUACUGGUAAGCAGUUGAUGCAGUAUAAUAUGUACCCUGUACUAGCUUUCCUGGACGGAACUACCUCAGCUAUAUUGGAAAAGGAACAUAUUGCUCCAAGCAAUAAAUAUUCAAUUGAUGACAAUCACCUGCAGAAAAAUGAGCCAGUAGAAGGAGAAAAUCAGAAGAAAAAGACAAGUCAACUUUUUAAAUUAGAGCCUCUUACGGAAGAAGAAGCAAAAGAAGAAACAUUGUUUUACUUAUGUGAACUGACACCAUCAAGUACAUUAGAUGGUGAAAAUUCUUUACUGGACAGUUAGCCAAUAAGUUAAAGGUUUGUAUUGGUACCUCUAGCAAAUAACUAACUUAAAACUUGAAAUGUUUAAUUUAUACUGUAAGAUUGGUUUGUGUAGUUCAGGUCCUAUAUUGAAAUUCUUGUAAAUAUGUUGCUCUCUUUUUGCUAAUAUAUGCAGAGUACUUUGUUCCACUAUAUUCUUAAUAACUCCAUCAGAAAUGCAGCUGUAUGUUCAAGUGACUUUAGUACUAUUGCUGUGGCAUUACUGAGCAUUCUUUUAUUUUUGUUACUGAUGGCAACAAUGUAAGAAAUUGAAAAUCAAUACCUUUGAACUUGUGUAAAUUUUCUUUUUACCCAAAACCAAUUUGGGGUUAUUAAAAGCACUACCCUACAUUCCAUGAAGCUUAAAAGGAAUAAUAUUAAUACUGAAUGUAUUGUCUUAUCAGCUAAAGCUUGGCCAAUGUUCAUUGAUAUAUUGUAGCUGCGUUAACCAGAUCUUUAAUUGUCUAGAACCUUGAGUAGAAAUAUUAUUUGGAAACAAUAUUUCCUUAUUUUGAGGGCUAAGGGACUUGGAAUAGGAAUGAAAUGCUUGAACUAUAAAGCAUGUCAUUAUAUUUUGAAGUUAUUUUCAGGUCUUAACUACAGUGAUAUUGUUCUGAUUUUGUUUUUGUAUGGGCAGAAACUGUUUCCUUGUUUCUGUAUGUAAAAACCUUGUUUUCAGCUCUAUUAUUGACAGUACCUGCAGGGCAAGUUAAAUAGUUUGCCCAAAUGACACGAGAACAGACAAUCAGCUAGGGUCAGUCUGUGGCAACCAUAUUUGGCUUUGUGCUUAUUACUGGCAUAACCUUGAGGGUGAUUUUUCCAAUAGUGACAUGUUUAUAUAUUUGGAGAUCAGCUCAGAAAAGCAGAUGUACAAAAAUCAAGUUGCAUUCAAAUGAAUAUAAUGUGGGCAUGAGGUCGACAAUGCAUGUACUUUAGCUUUGUAUUCUAAUUGAACUGUGCCUACAGAACUCUAGCUUUAAAACUACCUGUAGUACUUGGCUUCAGAGUUGAAAUGAGCUUCAGCUUAAGACUUGGUCUUUUGAGAAGUACCAUACCAUAAGUAAGAUUGAGAAGGUUGCAGGUCAGAGAAAAAUCCUGGAAUUGUACAAGCAAGAUGUCAUCUAUAGAAUGAAUCCGUCCAAUCAACCUUCACACUGCUGCCCUUGCACAAAUGGUGCACCAAAUAUGUAGAUCAAUUCUGCAGUUUGCUGCUUUCUGGCCCACAAUGCUUUCUUGGAGUGGGCCUAGUGUGAGGUUCCAACCAUAAACAGUUCUUAACGGUUCUUUUCUCUAUCUUUUCAAUCUCUCUGCCUCUACCUCUGAAGAUAGUCUGUCCACCGAUAUCUUUUAUAGGCCCACUGAUUCUCAUAGCUACCUGGACUAUACCUCUUCCAACCCUGUCACUUGUAAAAAUGGCACCCCCUUCUCUCAGUUCCAUUCUAGAACUAAUCUGAUAUCCUCUUUCUUCAAAGAAAAGGGUCCUUCCUUCCACAAUCAAUGUUGCCCUCACCCAUCUGUCUUCUAUGUUGGACAUGUCUGCCCUCACACCAUCCUCUAGGGACUGUGUUCCUCUUGUCCUCGCCUACCACCUCUGCAUCCAGCACAUUAUACAACAUAAUUGUAUAAGGGCUAAGAGAGUUGUAAAAGAGCGCCUGAAGGCUUUGUGUGUCAAUGCAAGGAGCAUUCGUAAUAAGGUGGAUGAAUUGAAAGUGCAGAUUGUUAUUAAUGAUUAUGAUAUAUUUGGGAUCACAGAGACAUGGCUCCAGGGUGACCAGGGAUGGGAGCUCAACGUUCAGGGAUAUUCAAUAUUCAGGAGGGAUAGACAUGAAGGAAGGGGAGGUGGGGUGGCGUUGCUGGUUAAAGAAGAGAUUAACACAAUAGAAAGGAAGGACAUAAGCCGGGAAGAUGUGGAAUCGAUAUGGGUAGAGCUGCGUAACACUAAGGGGCAGAAGACGCUGGUGGGAGUUGUGUACAGGCCACCUAACAGUAGUAGUGAGGUCGGAGAUGGUAUUAAACAGGAAAUUAGA